CCUGUUUUCCCAUUUAUGUCAAGGUAGAUUCAGUCAGGUUAAAAAUACAGGAAGUUAAACAGUUUAGCACAAAACGUAUUCGUUUAAAGAAAACACCACGUCAGUUUUUUUUUCUUUUCACCAACAGUAUUAAUUGAUUUCGAUCAUGAAAAUAUUUUCUCUCACUAAAAACAAUAAUAUUCUCACGGGGACGUUUAGUGUUUUCCUCAGUUAUGUUACCCUGCCUGGUAAUAAUAUUUAUUUUGACAGCCCUGACCGGAUAUCAUUUGGACAGCCAUACUAUACCGCUUCCUGGCUGAUGUGGACAGGGAAAAACUGCUGGGUGAGGUCUGUUGUUGUGGCUGAGUAAAUAAUGAAGAAAAUCAGCAAAUUUGAGUCAGAAAAGGCACUGAAUUUAUCGAGUUAGUGAGGCGUAUAACUCUCUUUUAUUCUGGACCAACAGACUUCUUCUUCUAUUCCGGAGGUUCUCUUGUUCCGGUUACCCUCUCAUACCUCCAGUGUUGCGGUGCAUCUCCCAUUAGCUUUCUAUGGAUUGUUAGCGGCUAACGAAAGUCGCUAACGCUACUUGCCAGUGCUGUACACCUGUCACCAGCUCUUUUUUUUUUCUUGUCUCUUGUCUGUUUAUGUCGGUGGUUUUUUUCUUAAGGUCGGCGAAUUACCUUAAGUUGUUAACAUAAACUUUAGCUUUUUUAUUUUCUGGCCACUUUCUUCAUUGUGGAAGUCCUCACUAUCCGAAAACAACCUGCACUGCCAAAGCUAGACAAAGAAGAUGAAGUGACUAUAACUCCCCUGCGUCCAGAAAUGCAUGCUAUGAACUCUGUAUGCGUCUCACCGGAUAUUAAUAAAGCCAAAUAGCCAGCUAGUCCUGAAAAUAAUAAUAAUAACAAUGGCGUCUUCCAAAGCAAAAGGAGUCGGAGUCAACAGUGAGACCAAUUCCCUAAAAGAAAGUAAAAGCAACGCCAGCAGCCUGGCUGGAGAGGCAUCACCAAAUAACCGGAUAUACUGCCUUGAUGACCUGGAGACCAUUGCUACAGUGGGCACAGGGACUUUUGGCCGAGUCUUCCUGGUCAAGGACAAGAAGAGCAGGGCCUUCCAUGCCCUGAAGCAGAUGAAAAUCCCCGACGUGAUCCGACUGAAGCAGGAGCAGCACGUCCACAACGAGAAGGAGGUCCUGACAGAGGUCAACCACCCCUUCCUCAUCCGAUUGUUUUGGACCCACCAUGAUGACCGCUUCCUCUACAUGCUGAUGGACUACGUGCCAGGCGGCGAGCUGUUCAGCUACCUACGCAGCCGAGGCCGCUUCAGCAACGCCACCGGCCUCUUUUAUACCUCGGAGAUCGUAUGCGCCAUAGAGUACCUCCACUCCAAAGAAAUCGUCUACCGCGACCUGAAGCCCGAGAACAUCCUGCUGGACAGUGAAGGACACAUCCGCCUGACCGACUUUGGCUUCGCCAAGAAGCUCUCUGACAGGACCUGGACUCUCUGUGGUACUCCUGAGUACCUGGCUCCUGAAGUCAUCCAAAGCAAAGGUCAUGGCCGGGCAGUCGACUGGUGGGCUCUGGGCAUCCUCAUCUUUGAAAUGUUGGCUGGAUACCCGCCAUUCUUUGAUGACAAUCCAUUUGGAAUUUAUCAGAAGAUCCUGGCCGGAAAACUGGAAUUCCCACGCCAUCUGGAUUUCUAUGUCAAAGACCUCAUCAAAAAAUUUCUGGUCAUUGACCGAGCCAGGCGGCUAGGCAACAUGAAGAACGGAGCGGACGACGUGAAGAAGCAUCGGUGGUUCAAGACAAUUGACUGGGAGGCAGUUCCUUUGAGAAAACUGAAGCCUCCCAUUGUUCCGAAAGUUUCCCAUGAGGGUGACACCUCUAACUUUGAUGUGUACCCAGAGGAUGACUGGAAGAAAGACCCUCCAGUGCCUCAGAAGGACUUGGAGAUCUUCGAGAACUUCUGAUCACUCAGCCUGGUUUAUGUAUUGAUGGAAUAUCAACAUACUGUAAGGUUACAGGUACUAUCAUGGAGAAAAUCCUUAUUUAUCAAACGAGGGGAGGCGCAUUUUAUCUGUAAUAAUGGUCUCCCCGAAGACAAACUCCAAAUGAUACUGUGACGUGUGUCAUACCACAGAACGAUUUGCGUUUUAUAUUUUUAUUUAUCCGACUUAAGUCGAACCUUGCUGUUAAAAUUAUUUUUUUUUUAUCAGUUUUAUUCUCUGAGCCUGCUCAUAUGCAAAAAAAAAGAAGAAAACAAUAAAAAAGGUUCCUGAAACCAAAAGACUGUUAUAUCUAGGUUUAAAGCAGAGAAUAAUCAGGUCUUUUUUUUUUUUUUAAAAUAUUAUCAUAUUUUUUUGGGUUUUUUUUUUAAAUCUCUUUUUUAAAAAAUGUUCAUGCGGUCAUAUUUAUGUGACUCUAGACUGGUGCUGUAACUGUAAACAAGCCAGUAGUCAUAUAUGUGCAGUUUUAGACUCUGUAACACUGUAUGUUGUUAUAAGGCAGCCACUUUAUUUGAAAAUGCGUGACCGGUAGCACUUGUUGAAAAGGUGCCUUACAUCACAGCCUGAUGGGCGUGAUGUCUCGCAAUUACGUAAAGUUCACUUGAAAAUAGCGCUUUUCUCAGCCAUGCAGUGCUAAUGGAAGUUAAAUCACGGGGCUCUCGGUACAUGUGAGGUGCUGCUGAAUGUGCUGCCAUGUCUCCUACUGUAAAGUUUUCUUUUCCCAGCUCUGUUAUUUCCUGUCGUGGCUUUUAAAACCGGUUUAAUCACAGCCAAGGGACUUUGCUAUUACCUUACAGCCGCAGCUGUUCUACAAAUGAACUACGCUUUCCCCCGUGACAUUUUGCAUUCACUCAUCAUCGUUAUCAUUAUCAUCAUCAUCAUCAUCAUCAUUGCUGACAUGCUUUUAAAGGUGCAACUUCUCACUCUACAGCUAAACAUGCAGUAUUCACAUUCUGAUCAUGAUCGCUUCAGUUUAUAGUCUGUUUCCUUUUCUAUUCUGGGACAAUAGAAGCCUUUAAAAAACAUUAUUUUGUUUGCUGCCAUUAGAAUCAUAGUGCAAGGUGAUUUAUGGACCUCACCCCUUUUUGUAGAACCGCUACUCAACUAAAAGGAUCUCAUUGGUGGUCCAAAAAACAGCGCUAUGUCGAAAAAAAGGUCAAGGAGCUGUGUUAGUGAGGACAUGAUGUUUCAGAUAGCAGAGAUACAGUGUCUACACUGGCUUCAUGGUGACUUCAGCAUGUCUGCAGUAAGACUGCAACUAAUGGCUCUCCAUUAAUUAUUAUAAACGCCAAAGAAAAGCAGCAAAUCCUUCCAUUUAAGAAGCUGGAAGCAGCAAAUGUUUGACAUUUUUGCUUGAAAAGAAUUCACCGAAACGAUUAACAGAUUAUCAAAACGAUUAACAGAUUAUCAGCGGUUAGUUGAUUAAUCAAUUAAUCAAUUGAUUGUGUUAGUGAGGACAUGAUGUCCUUAGUUGAUUAAUCAAUUAAUCAACUAACCGUUGCAGCUCUAGCCAGCAGCAGCUUUUAUUAGUGUCUACAAAGGAUUUUGUAGCGUGAAACUGAAGAAAAUACUUGAAGCAUGUAAGCUCAGUACAAGCCGUUAUGUGGCCCGUGUAGACAGGGUGUCAGACCAAUUUUCUAUUUAUUUUCUUUGUUCUUUCUCAUGUUUUACGAAUAAUCAGUCCUCACAAAUUGUCGCGCACGGCUCCCACAUGCGUUUGUUGCGUUCUCUUGCAAGAGCCCUCUGUGUCGUGACUCCUACUUACCAUCUCAGUAUAAUGAAUGAGAAAGCUCAUAUAGGUCUGAACAAAACCCUGGUUUUAUUUUCUGUUUUAUUUUUUGAGCAUUUUGUCACCAUUGCUAGCCUUUCAUUGGUUUCAACCUGAAUACUGUUGUGAAAUAUGGCUGAUAACAUUAGCUCUCAUCGGUGUGUGUGUUACCUUUGGAUGUUGUUGCUUGACUGUAUAGGAGUAAAGAUUUUAAACACUGUGGGGGUUUUUUUGUGUGUAUUUUCUCUUAAUAAUCCCGAAGAUUUGUUAAGUAAGAAACCUGACUUCUUCAUCGCUCCAUGUGUUUCCUCAUUCUGCCGCCACACUCAUCGCCAUUAACUAAAACGCAUCUCAUUCCUGUCAUGUAGUUUUGUUUGCAUCCUCACCGCAGUGGUUCCGUUGUAUCCCUCUGAGAGCCUGAUCGGAUCAGGAUUCUUGAGAGCAAUGUCGACUAAUUUUCUUCUUGUGAAUCAGAAACACGUGACAAAUGGAAACAUUUUUGAAUAAGGACCCUUAAAUUUAAAGGGUAGUGACAACGUUUUGCACUUAGUGGGACAUUUGACGAUACGGCAGAACCAGAGAGAACAGAUUCUCUCUUGUCCAAACCUGGCUCAGACUUCACUCAGCUCCCUUUUUAGUGGAGUUUCCCUUUAAGAAGAACUUUGAGCGGCAGCUUUUAGGGUCAUUGGGGAAGAACUCUAGUGGUAAGAUGCAAUACUUUAAGAAUACGGUCCCAAAACUAUAAACUGAACUAUUAUCAACAUGAAAUGAAACAGGGAACUGAGAACAUUAAAUGACCUCAAAACAUAACGUAUAUCUCUUAUAUUAACUCAUAUUUCUUAUAAGUUGUUUACACUGAUAUAUCUGUGAUAAUAUUAUCCAAUAAUGUCAACCUAUCUAAAAUGUCACUUUCACUGUACACCUGGAAAAUGGUUCAAUUCCAGUUUAUGAGGUAAAUAUAAAAUCCUGGAAGCUUCAUAUUGACAUAUUGCCAUUGUUUUUCAGAAACGUGUACCAGUCAAUCCUAUAUUGUUAAUUCAUUAUCAACGAGACAAACUUCUAGUCGCUUGAUUUCGAAGGUGUUAUCAAUAUGUCCUCCCUUCUGCAUUGAACAUGUACAGUUUACUGUAUGGGCCUGCACAGCUCCGUGUCUUCUGUUUAUAUGUAGCUUUUAAUAAUGAAUAAAAGGAAUUCAUAAUGCC